AUGGGCAAUGCGGCUGGGAGUAUGGAGUUUCCAAUGGGGAAGGAGGGGAAGACAGUGUCGGCCCCCCCAGGCUCAGGGACCCCCCAGAAACAGGCGGCGGGGCCCAAGCUUCCCAUGCCUGCCGAGGAGGAGUUAGAGGAGCGCUUCAAUGUGGUGCUGGUGAGUCACACACACACACACACACACACACACACACACACACACACACACACACACACACACACACAUUCUCUUUUACACACUCCUAUACAGAAACUACACAAUACAACACAAUACAAAGAAACAAAGAAUGCUGAACAUUUUGAAAAUGUGCACAUCCCCAGGACAGGCUUAUCAACGAGCAGGGUACAUAAAGUGACUGUGGAAAGAUAAAUAAGAAUUCCUUUAUUCUCUGGUUUACAGUAGUAUUGAGUUCGUUGUAUGGUCAGUUGGGAAUGGAUAAAGAGGAAGUUCUAAUCCAUAUUUGCAGUGGAAACGGUAUAAUAAAAGUUAGCCAUAUACAAAUAUUACACCACAUUAACUUUAAGCCUGUGACAUACGGUUUAUUUUUUUAUUCAAGUUUGCAGUGAAAAGUUAUUCAUGAAUCUCCUAAUCCCAAUUAGUUGUACAAUUUCACUUUCAUAACUUUAGUUUUGGUUUGUUAUAUCUACUACUGUAGUAUUACAUCAUUAGACAAUCCACUUUUUAAAAGAUGGCUCCAUCAAAAUCACCACAGUAAAAUUAACAGUAAAUCCAGCCAUUCACCUCCUAACCACCUAACACUAUUACUCGAUGAUAAUUCCUUGAUUGAUGACAAGUUGGACAUUCCUCGACUCCAUAACUUGCAUUUCCUCUCACUCCCUUCACUGGGCCUAUUGGUCAUCUGUGAUGAGUGUGAUAGAAGGAGUCAGGCGCAGGAGGGGAAUCACCAAAUGCAGAGUUUAUUCCGUCGUACACAAAUAGCGCUGGAUAGCGACAAACAAAACAGGUACAGGGGAAAAUCUACCCUGGCAAUACAAGGUAACGGUAGCUCCAACAAUAACAGGCACAGGGGAAAUAUCUACCCCGGCAAUAACAAUGUACGAGUAGCUCCACCGAGCUACACAACUCUCACAAAUAAACAAUCACCCACAAGGACAAAGGGGGCAGAGGGAACACUUAUACACUGACUAAUGAGGGGAUAAGAACCAGGUGUGUGUGAUUGACAAGACAAGACAAAUGGAAUGAUGAAUAAUGGAGCGGCAGUGGCUAGUAAGCCAGUGACGACGAACGCUGAAGCCUGCCCGAACAAGGAGGGGAGGCAGCCUCGGCGGAAGUCGGGACAUCCUCGGUCUGUAAAAUCAUCUUAUAGGGCCAGGCUGUGACUGAACAACUGGUGUUGACAGCCAAAAACCAAUUGAGUCUACAUAUUUCUCCCUGAUAUCUCAGCUAUGUUUGAUAUGUUGCCCAGUGUGGUCAGUGCCAUGACAGGCCUAUUACAUUUCAUGCAUUCUUCUUUUUAAUCUCUCACACAUCUAUCUCCUUUACAGGUGCAUUAGAGUGCGAUGAGUAUUAGAUUGACGAUGACUGCCGCAUCCUCAUUCCAGACCUAUUUGUUUGCCCUGUAGAUUUGCGUCAUAGAUAUAGAACCAAAUAGAUGGCAAAAGAGAAGACAGCUGCCUGACUUUGUGUCCUUAGAAAACCUACCCACAAUGUCAGUUUAACAUUCUGAUAUAGGCUAACUUGGUUAACUAGACUUAUUCAUAGACAUUACAUCAGUGAUCAAUUACUAGUAGCACAGUAGUUGGUUCGUGCACAUGUCAAUCAAUGUGCAAUUGCAGCUGCCAGAUGACACUGACAUUCAUACUAUGAUAUUGAUACAUGUCAGUCUCAUGGUUAGUGUUACUCGGUCGAAAUCAAUGUCUGGUCCUGUAAUUCAAAGCAGUGUAGAAUGCGAUUAACUUACUGGACAGAAAUUAUAUCUGAAAAUGGUGUUGCUGAGAGGAAUGUGUGUGUCAUUCUGGUCACAGUCAGAUCUUUGUCAGGAACUUAUCUCUAUUACCUGAGUCAUACCACCACAUGAGGAUGAUAUGUGGCCUUUAGCUUGUUAGCCAAGUGACUCACCAUGUAGGAGACAUGCUUACACUGCUUAUUAUCUUCAGGAAAAUAACACUUUUUUCUUCAUUUUAUUUUUUUGCCUUUUUUGGCUUGUUGAGAGAAAGUAUUCACAAUAUUGCUUAGCAUACUUCUAUCCAAUUCUCUCAGAACCCCACAAGUGCAUAGGGGGUAUAAUGGCUAGGUUCGAUUUGGGAUUCGGCUUUGGAGAGAGGUAGAUACCUUGUGAGAAGAACUCAGAACUAUGUGGAACAAGGCUAUACGCUUAACUACCGGUAUGUGCUUCUUACCCAUUGGUCUCUGUCAACCACGUUUGAUUUGCUUGGAUAAAGCUGUGUUGUUCCACAAAAUGAGUGCCUUUUGCGUCCCUUUGAUACUGUAUUUUAAGUUGAAAUUUGUGCACCAAUAUUGCAUUUUAAAAGCCUGUAAUAUAGACCACAUGGAGAAUUCAAUCAAUGUGAUUUUUAAUAUGAAUAAAGACUUGCUAAAGUGCCAACAUUCAGCAUUUUGACAUGUCCCUCCGUGCACCCACUGUGACUUUCAGGAAGAUUUUAACCCACUUAACCCUAACAUGUUUUUUUAUAAUCUGAAGAUUAUUAUUUAUUUCAUGUGAUUAGUGAUUCAUUUACAUCUGUCCCUCAUUUUAAGGUCAAAACUGUUACGUGAACUGAACUCUCUUUUUAUAAUGGUGAAACUAUUCCUUUUUAAAUAUUUUCAAAAUAAACAUUGAACAUCUAAUGGUCAAAUCAUAGUGUAGAAGCAGGUAAGCUGGUUCUACUCUUUUUGGCCAUUUGCUGGUGUUGAGUGGGUUGAGCAAAACACGUCAACCCUGUUAACCAUAGAUAGACAGGCGCGAAAUGUUUUAACAAUUUCUGUUUUUUUUGUGAAACUUGCAUUCAGUUGCCACUCCCUGUUGCACACAAUAAGCUUCUAAUCUCCCUGUCACAAGGGGAUUCAUGGCUGAUUUAAAAUGAAAUCAUGAACCCUGUUACGGUCAACGCUGUUACGAUCAACCCUGUUACGAUCAACCCUGUUACUUUAUUUGGCACUUUAAAUGGGAAAACAUGUUUUUUAUGAAGUUGAACAUGUGCUCUUUAUGACAGAAUGUUACAAAUAUUGUUUUACCAAGUUACACCUCUCAAAGGCACCGAAUUGGUGGAACAACCCAAAUAUUUGAUUGUUCAUGGGCAAUUCAUUUCUAAGUUCAACAAACCAUACAACUCUAUGCACAAUGACUACUUUUAACAAUUGACACUGAACAUUUUACAAAAACACAUUUACUGGAAGAACUGUGCAGAUGCAAAGUUCGGUAACAGAAUUUCUGUAAAAUCUCCCUCAGUUUUUUGUGUCCACGUUUUCCAAACACUUAAAUAUCUGCUCCGAAUUAAGAUUCAAUGAUGUCUGCAGAAAGAAUGGGGUGUCAGCUAUGACAUGACACAUUGACUUUGAAAAAACUAUUUUGGUUAUUGAACUACAGUAAGUGAAGUGGAUUUACACCUGGUAACGAAAUUGCGGUAAUGGAAUUUCAUCAUGUACUACAUAGAAAUGCAUAAUUAUGGAUAUGAAUGUCAUUCUCUUCAUGGUGAUGUAUCCUAAAUAGAUACACAAAGGUAUAAAUAUGCAAUAUCCUCCUUUGCAUAUUUGGGUAUUAUUCUACACACUGGCUAUUAUUUUAAUGCGCUCUGCCCCCAAACAAGACCAAAUUUGGUUGGUUUGGACCAGACCAAAUCUGAACCAAUCAAAUGUUUCAGAAGUUUGGACAUCAAAGUACAGCACAGUAGAGCUCAGUAGAGUACAGUACAGCACAGCACAGCACAGCACAGAACAGAACAGAGUAAAGUUCAAGACAGUAUAAUACAGUAUAUUAUAGUGUACUCAACUCUAGUGUGCUCUACUGUGUACUGUACUGAACUAUAGUCUACUUUCCUUUACUGUACUCUGCUGUGCUGUGCUGUGCUGUACUGUACUGUGCUGUCCAAACUUGUGAACACAACUGUGGAUUGUGACUACUAUGAUUUCCCAUUGUAGCCAAUUCAAUUGCAGAAAUUCUGCUUCCGAUUUUGGUAACGGAAUUUUAAGUUUUAAUUACUUAUUCAUUCAUAAACAAAAUGGAUAUCAGUAAAAAAUACUAUAACUAAUUGAUCAAAUCAAAUCAAAUCAAAUCAAAUCAAAUCAAAUCAAAUUGUAUUGGUCACAUGCGCCGAAUACAACAGGUGCAGACAUUACAGUGAAAUGCUUACUUACAGCCCUUAACUAACAGUGCAUUUAUUUUUAACAAAAAAAGUAAAAAUAAAACAACAAAAAAAAAGUGUUGAGAAAAAAAGUAAAAUAAAAUAACAGUAGGGGGGCUAUAUAUACAGGGGGGUACCGGUGCAGAGUCAAUGUGCGGGGGCACCGGCUAGUUGAGAUAGUUGAAGUAAUAUGUACAUGUGGGUAGAUUUAAAGUGACUAUGCAUAAAUAAUUAACAGAGUAGCAGCAGCGUAAAAAGGAUGGGGUGGGGGGGGCAGUGCAAAUAGUCCGGGUAGCCAUGAUUAGCUGUUCAGGAGUCUUAUGGCUUGGGGGUAGAAGCUGUUGAGAAGUCUUUUGGACCUAGACUUGGCACUCCGGUACCGCUUGCCAUGCGGUAGAAGGGAGAACAGUCUAUGACUAGGGUGGCUGGAGUCUUUGACAAUUUUGAGGGCCUUCCUCUGACACCGCCUGGUAUAGAGGUCCUGGAUGGCAGGAAGCUUGGCCCCAGUGAUGUACUGGGCCGUACGCACUACCCUCUGUAGUGCCUUGCGGUCGGAGGCCAAGCAGUUGCCAUACCAGGCGGUGAUGCAACCAGUCAGGAUGCUCUCGAUGGUGCAGCUGUAGAAUUUUUUGAGGAUCUGAGGACCCAUGCCAAAUCUUUUCAGUCUCCUGAGGGGGAAUAGGCUUUGUCGUGCCCUCUUCACGACUGUCUUGGUGUGUUUGGACCAUGAUAGUUCGUUGGUGAUGUGGACACCAAGGAACUUGAAGCUCUCAACCUGUUCCACUACAGCCCCGUCGAUGAGAAUGGGGGCGUGCUCAGUCCUCUUUUUUUUCCUGUAGUCCACAAUCAUCUCCUUUGUCUUGGUCACAUUGAGGGAGAGGUUGUUGUCCUGGCACCACACGGCCAGGUCUCUGACCUCCUCCCUAUAGGCUGUCUCAUCGUUGUCGGUGAUCAGGCCUACCACUGUUGUGUCGUCGGCAAACUUAAUGAUGGUGUUGGAGUCGUGCCUGGCCAUGCAGUCAUGGGUGAACAGAGAGUACAGGAGGGGACUGAGCACGCACCCCUGAGGGGCCCCCGUGUUGAGGAUCAGUGUGGCAGAUGUGUUGUUACCUACCCUUACCACCUGGGGGCGGCCCGUCAGGAAGUCCAGGAUCCAGUUGCAGAGGGAGGUGUUUAGUCCCAGGAUCCUUAGCUUAGUGAUGAGCUUAGAGGGCACUAUGGUGUUGAAUGCUGAGCUGUAGUCAAUUAAUAGCAUUCUCACGUAGCUAUUACUUCUGCAAACUUUCAUUAUCCUCCCUCGUCAUGAGGGAGAGAAAUUGGAAAAUAUCAUAAAGAUACGUUUCUUAAAUUUACAGAAGGCUGAACAUUUUCUCUAAAAAUAAAAAUACUGUAAGUAUUGAUAUUAGUUGGUAGGGGUCUUUACUUCAGCAAUACUGUGUUUUGAUGUAUUUCUAAUGCCUUUUAAGACUUUUUCUGGUAGAGGUUUUCUAAGACCCCUUUUCCAUCUGUUUGACCAGAAAUCAAAGCCUUUGCUUACUCCUAAUUUUUAGGCUGGAAAAUGGUUGAAAAUCUACACAACAUAGACUCAGCUUUCAUUUGAGACCCAAUUCGACAUGUUCCUACGAACUUCACGUUGGUGCUAAUGGGUCCUUUUACAUGGAAAUUACCUAAUUUGCUUUCAUUUACAUGCAUGUACUGCCUAUCUUCUACCCUCAGUUCCAGUGAAGACUGUUUGUAGGCUACACUGAGAAUUCACCCAAAAGCCUUUUUCUUGUGCACAGGCAACUCCCAGCCCAAGUUUGCUCUAUAACUUAAUAUGACUCCAAUCAAAUGAAAGAGUGUACGUUAUAGAACACCUUGCCUGGUAAUUCAUAGAAGUCCAUAAUUUACAUAAACUGUUAAAUAGGCAGUUGAAUAAAUGCAUUGUUUUGCUCCAUAACUCAUACCUGGGAUAUGAGCAGAUUCCUACUAAGGUUUAAUAUGUGGUGGGUAUAUUAUUGAAUGUCAUCACUCCAUACAUGAUUGAAUUGCUAUAUGAUUUACAGGCAGUGUACUCUAACCGUACAGUUCAUGUCUAACUCAUUGGUUUUCAUGAUUCAGAGGCAGGGAGGGAUAUCUAGAGGUGGGGGGUGGGGGGGCUAGGGCAGUACGGGGACCAGCUAGGGCAGUGGGGGGGGGGCAGCUAGGGCAGUAUGGGGGGCAGCUAGGGCAGUAGGGGGCAGCUAGGGCAGUAAGGGGGAAGCUAGGGUAGUAUGGGGGGCAGCUAGGGCAGUACGGGGGGCAGCUAGGGCAGUAUGGGGACCAGCUAGGGCAGUGGGGGGGGGGGCAGCUAGGGCAGUAUGGGGGGCAGCUAGGGCAGUAUGGGGGGCAGCUAGGGCAGUAUGGUGGGGCAGCUAGGGCAGUACGGGGACCAGCUAGGGCAGUGGGGGGGGGGGCAGCUAGGGCAGUAUGGGGGGCAGCUAGGGCAGUAUGGGGGGGCAGCUAGGGCAGUACAGGGACCAGCUAGGACAGUGGGGGGGGGGGCAGCUAGGGCAGUAUGGGGGGCAGCUAGGGCAGUAGGGGGCAGCUAGGGCAGUAAGGGGGAAGCUAGGGUAGUAUGGGGGGCAUCUAGGGCAGUAUGGGGGGGCAGCUAGGGCAGUAGGGGGGCAGCUAGGGCAGUAAGGGGGGCAGCUAGGGCAGUAAGGGGGGCAGCUAGGGCAGUAGGGGGCAGCUAGGGCAGUAGGGGGAAGCUAGGGUAGUAUGGGGGCAGCUAGGGCAGUAUGGGGGGCAGCUAGGGCAGUAGGGGGCAGCUAGGGCAGUAAGGAGGGGGCAGCUAGGGCAGCAUGGGGGGGGGGCAGCUAGGGCAGUAGGGGGCAGCUAGGGCAGUAUGGGGGGCCAGCUAGGAAUAAAACACUGGUCUGGAGUGAGGUCUAGAGUUGUUGUUGUAAUGAAUCAACUUGGCAGGUGUCAAGGCUCAAGGGCUUUGCAUACAUCCGGAGCCAGCUGAUGUGCUGUCAAACCAGGGUGGACUUCCCUGUGUGUGUGUGUGUGUGUGUGUGUGUGUAUGUGUGUGUGUGUGUGUGUGCGUGCGUGUUAUAACAUGCGUAUAAGCAUGUAUGCGCGUGUUACAUGUGCUAUAGGAUUCAACAUCAUAUUAGUACACAUAAGCACACAUGUUCCUCUGUACGAGAAUGUGCCCUUUUUUGCUAUAUCACUCUAUCGUGGAGAGAACACUAAAGACAGAUCGUCCCCCUACAUCACACCCCCCUCCCCUCCACACACACCCUUACCCGACACCCACGGACCCACCCCCUCUUCAUCUAAUGCUGAGUGUGCAUAGCAAAUCUCUGAUGUGCCAAACGUCCUACUCUGGCUGCAUUCCGAGCAGGCUGGUUGGUAUGCAGGGAACCCUGUACAUCUAGAUCUACAGAUGAAGACGUUAAGUGCGGCUGUAGAACUAUCACGGCCCAGUCUGCACCAGGGGACAGCCUGUCCCAGUAUUAAUAGAUUAGAAACUAUUAAACUAUACCAGUGUCAGAUGUCAAUCACCUAUAAGGGUGGCACUUGCAGGUAUGUGUGUAUGUGGGUGUUUGUGUGUGUGUGUGUGUGUUCCUGUGUGCACCUGCAUGCGUGUGUGUGUGUGUGUGUGUGCACGCGUCACACCCACCAUGCUCGGUCUGGAUUAAUAUUCUAUGAACAACCUAUAUGUUACAUAAUGAUGCAGUGCUGAUAGUGUUAAGUGCUGAAGCUGAAGCAGUUUAGCAUCUAAACUACAGACAUCUGCAGGAUAUACUGUAAGUGGUUCCAAUAACAAGGUGCUUAAAGGGAAGCCUUGGCUCAACUCUGUUCACUCUCCCUAUUCAAAUUUACAUUGAGCAGCUCUCCUCUGCACUUUGCAUAUCACUUUGCAAAUUUCCCAGUGGCCAGUGGGGUGGUGGGUGGAUGUGUAAAUGUGCAUCUGUGGAUUCGUGUUCUGUAGAUGAGCGUGUGUACGAGUGUGCGCCUGCGAAUGCAUGCCAGUCUGUAUUUGAGUGCAUGAAAACAUUAUUAGGAUGCAGCCUACCUGUGGGUUUGGAUUUUCUCACAAGUGUGUGAAUUUACUUUGAGCAUGUUUGUGUACACAUGCGUGUAUGACAUUUUAGGGCACCUCUGAGAAACUGACGGUCAUGUUCUUUUCUGCUCCACUGAGGAGACAGGUGAUAGGUUAUCAGAGAGCCAAGAUGACUCCCCAGACUGUACAUAGGUGGGAGUCAAUCCAAGUUUCCAUUACAGAACCUCAUACAAAGGACCUUUGUCACUAAAGCCCCCUAAAGGCAGUUUGGUUGCCAGGUACAGCACAUCAAGACUGAGUAGAGACAGUAAAUAUUACAAAGUCGCAGCUCCUCCACCUGAAUUCAAGGCUAGAAUUUGACAGCAUAUUCAUUUCCAUGGUUACUCUAGACACUGUACAUACUGUAUGUCAAAGUAAUUUGCUAUUAGUUUUAUUAGGCCUAGUUUAACAAAUAGCAUGCAAUGCAGGUUCUCAUUCUCACCUUUGACCCCCCUUUCUCUAGUACACUCUUAGAGCCUCUUCACACAUACUAGACAUUUCGUAAAAAUACCUUUGGCUACACAUAUUACUCAAAUGUAAACUUGCGUACUUGCUACGUCUCGACCGCUAUCACCGGAGGUAGCGCACGACACUCGCCUGACAGUUGCUCCCCUUGAAGCAGGGUUGUAUGAACAGAAUUGUCUCAUUGAGCCAACACUCCUACAGUAUAAAUGGUAAUAGCAGAGCAAUGUUUUUGAAUAGGUGAAAUGUAUAGACAUUUUCCUAAUAUUUGAUACUUUUAAAAAUUGAGUUUUUACCUGAAAUUGCAGGUAACAACCUGUUAAACUCUGAAAUUGUCGCUGUACUGAGCCAUGUAAAACUAUGGAAGGCCAUCCCCACCACCAACAUUUUUUAGAUCAUACAAAUAGAAUAUGUUUUUUCAUUUGAUGGGACCAGAUUAUUUUUCUAAUCAGGUCAUAUGGUAAAAAAAGAACAACUCCUGGAAAAACUCCUGUCCCUAGGGAGGAUGAAAACAUGAAAACCCUUUACACAGACAAAGAGACCACAACUGCGAUUGGACAAAAACUAAGCUCGCUGUAUGCAGGGUUGCAUCAUGUAGGCCUUUUUGCAUCUGUAAUUGAAAAGAUACUCAUACAGUAUGUCAUCACUAUUGUGUUGAUUGAUUCAUUCCAGUCAAUCAUUUUGGAUUAAAAAGACCUAGGUAGCCUAGUCACCCGAAGUGUGAAAAUAAACCAAAUUUGAUCACGUUAAUAUUUUCUCUGAACACAAAUAAAUUGCCUAUUUUAGGCUAUUAAUACAUAGCUUAGGCUAUAAAAACAUGACGUUACAUUUCCCCUGGCCAGGCCCAGAUGGGAUCAGAUCGCAUAGGCUUCUCCAGGCUACCUGCAGCUGUGGUUGAUAUCAGUAGGCUACAGUUGAUCAGACUGAAGCACAGACUAAUUGUGCACGUUGACAAAUCACGAGGCAAGUUAUUUAAUAUAAUUUUUUGGGUGGCGGGUAUGGGCAGUGGUGUAGUGGAGGGUAUAUAGUGGGUAUAUAGGCCGUAUACCCACUUUUUUUCAGUUAGCAUUGUGUAUACUCACUUCUUAAUCCCCACUGAGGCGUAUCAAAGUAGUGUAGUGGAGAUAUACGCCAUAUCAAUUAAUACGGCUGAUGGAACAGAUCAGAAUGUUUAGCUUAAAAUGUUAACAAACUAUUAUUUCUUAUUUUAAGCACAGCAUUGUGCACAUGGUGGUAGGUAUACGCGCGAAGGUUCCAAAAUGCAAUUUGGGGGAAAACAUGUUCUAAAAUGCGCACCACACAUGCGACCUGUUUAAUGGACAGAGAUAUAAAUAUCCAUUAGAAAAUUGCAAAAUGGGGAGAUCUAAAGAUGCAACAACUAUCAUGGGUUGCUAAUAUGACUUCCCACUGGGCACACACUGGUUGAAACAACGUUGUUUACAUGCCAUUUCAAUGAAAUUACAUUGAACCAACUUGCAACAAACUUUGAAUUCAUGUCUGUCCCCAGUGGGUAGGAUAAUGCCUUUAGCUGCUAGACAAUGAAAGAAGGAUGAUUUGAAAACCAAUAGAACAGUCAGGAGAGCGCAUAUGAGGAAGUGUUUUUAAAUAUUUCCCUCAACAUUUCUAUGGUCGGAUUUUGGCUUGGCAUGCCUCAUAAUAUGAAGCAAAACAUCCAGGUUUCAAACAACUAAGGAACAGGAAAAAUAUAGCUAGAUGCUGAUAGGCCUAACCGUCUUCUGGUAGCUGGAACGGCUCCCAAAUACCUACAUUUUAUGUUAACUAGCUACAAAGUAGCCUAUGCCUACCUGGCAGAAUGAUAUCAUAAUUAUUUGCAUAAAUAAAUUUGUUUUGCAAACUCCAUCUCAUGUGUGCUACAGAAAUACUGGUAACCAAACAACAGUGCUAGGUGCCUGCACACUUGAAUUAAAAAUAUUUAUAUUUUCUUAGAUUUUCCCAGACCUCAAAGGUGGUCUCCUGAUGUGGUUUAAGCAUUGUUGUGGACAUAGAACAUCCAAACCUGUGAAUUUCUGACUCAGUUGACAGUCUAAUUUAUCUGUCUCAAUAAUAGACCUACUAUUAGCCUACUGCACAGUACAGCUUGGGUUGGCCUGACUGUGAAAGACCAAUAUUGGAUUUAUCAUUUUAGGUCAUUCAGAGUACAUUUUAGCAAAAUUUGAGUAUACCCACUUCUCCAGGCACCACUACAUCACUGGGUAUGGGCUUCCAUAUAAAACAGCUCGUUGCGGUGAAUUCACUUAUACUUAGGUUUUCACUCGCAAUUUGCUUUUACCACAUGUAAUGAUUUGCAUGAUAUUGAUCAAAAUGAAUCCUGGUUUGUUGUAAUGUUGUACGGUAGGCCUACUGUUCUUUUGUAUUCGUAUGAGAGGGUUAUUCGUUCAUUUUUGAUAGGCUAACGUUACUUGAUGAAGACAUGCUGUUCUAGCAACGAACUCUGUGCUUUUGCCUUGAAGCUAAAAUGUAAUGAGUGUAGCCCACAGACGAGAAAAUAAACCUUUUAAUUGUCUGCACAUACAUGCUUGUGAAUUGUUACAUUAUUCAAGAAUGUAUUAUGGUUUGGUUGCAUUAUUCAAUAGUGCAAUAUGUUUUAGAAGAAACGUUUCUGUCAUUGUUGAAAAGUCUGUGCUUACUCUACUGGCUAGUUGCUACUCUGAUAUUUCAUUUGAGCUGUGGAUCAAGAAUGUCGCGUUGCCAGCCACAAUGAAAGGUAAGUUAAGAAUGUAAUGUGAAUUGAAAAGUAGAAUUCUCGUUCGCCACGCCACUCUUCAGGCUCUCCUUCAUAUCUCGCCUUAGAAAAAAAGGCCCUAAAAGGGUUCUUCGGCUGUCCACAUAGGAGAACCUUCUGAAGAACCCUUUUUGGUUUCAGGUAGAACAAUUUUGGGUUCCAUGUUACAUGUAGAACCCUUUCCACAUAGGGGACAUCUGAGGAACCCUUUCCACAUGUGGGGACAUCUGAAGAACCCUUUUGGAACCCUUUUUUCUAAGAGUGUAUAUCCCUUUGGGGGAAUGUCACCUCUAACACGCCGACUAUUCCCUUUUCCCCAACUGCCAAACUGCCAUAUGUAGAUCAGAGACAGAUAAGAGCUAACUGCCCUGACUGAUCCUCCUGAGUGGGCCUCUGUUAAACAUAGCAGCUUACAAUAAUUAACCAGAAGGAAGCGAUAUGCUCCCAGGCUACUUGACAUGGCAGCCUGGACCACACUUCUUGAGGCCUCCUGAUAGCCGAGAUAGACAGUGUCCUUAGAGAGUUACGGAUCUAGAGCUGAUUAGUCUAUUUAAAGUGAAUGAUACAAUUGGAAGUGUAGCCUAAUGUCUGAGUGUCCCGUUUACUUGGUUAUGACAAUGAGAGCAAUUUGAUACUAUAAGCAAUCACACCAGUGAAACAAGAUGGUGUUUCAAUGGCAGUGGUACUUUAUGGGGCAUGGCUGUGUAUGUUUGUGUCCCUGUGUAGGAGCAUGUGUCCUGUAUAUGUGAGGAAGGAGAGUAGGGUGGAGGUCUAAUCAAUAGAAUCUAAUUAGAGAUUAGUGCAGUUUGUCCCAUCACUACUGUCUUUGAACAUAGAACUCUUAAAGUGACAGGUGGUCCUAUCAAUGUAAUGGUAAAUGUGUCUACAGUACUGUAGUAUGUACAGGUAUGCAUAUACAGUAUAUAUAUAUUUUUUUUACAGAUAAUUACUUAGGGUAUUUUCCAGAUUUUGACCACAUACACAGAUGCACGUCUCACAUAUGUAAAUCUAGCUUCAUGAUAUAAAUGAGAAAGAAAUUACAUGUGACUUAGAUCCCAUAAUGCCCCUACUGUACAGAUAAACUACAGUACAACUCUAGUAGGUUUCUCCUCUGCAUGCCCCUGUACAGGACUAGCCAUCAGGCAACUCUAAUCCCAGUUUAUUGAUCCAACAUAAUUUAUCAAGCCUGAUUUAUCAGAGCGCUGGCUGUACCAUUGAUUUAGGAUGCUGUUUGCUAUUAGUUGUGCACCCAUUCCCCCCAUCCCCCGUGUGUGACACAAAUUACUUUUAACUGACUGAGCUGAUGUGUAGAUAGCGGUUACAAAACUUGGGGUCGCUUCAAGACACCAAGUAGCUAGCUAGAAACAAUGGGGGAUUAAUCAAAACCAAAAAGGUCAAUAGCCUUCAGCAUUAGCUCAUGUCUGACUACUUGUGUGAGUUGUGCCACUGAGACCACAGGCUUUCCUGACUGUUGUCUGGGCUUGUCUGGGCUUGUCCAGGAAGUUUUUGUAUGUAAAGGAAACAAGUAUCAAUCCUGAGAGAAACAUGUAUUGCUUUGGAGGCUACUUAAAAGUUAACAGAGUGACCUUGUGAAGUACAAAAUGUCUCUAGUGGUGUGGGCUGACGUUUAAACAGAGUUACAGAAACGUACAGACCACAGGAGGAGGAGGAGGAGGAGGAGGAGGAGGAGGAGGAGGAAGGGGAGGAAGAAGAGGGGAACGAGGAGGAGGAGUGGGUUGGUGAGGUAAAGAGAUAGAUAUGUGAGUCUCUUGUCGCCUAGCCCAGCUUCACUGGGUGGCAGGGCUGUGUUGGGCUAUAAUUAGUACAGCAAGAUGCGUGUGUGAGGAGCGAGGUGUUUUGGUUGGGGCGGGCAGUUGAAGCCAUAGGCCCAACAAUAAUACAUGACAGUGUGGGUAUGUUAAUGAACAUGGAGUCUAUGGGGAGGUGUGCGUGCGUGCAUGUGUGCGUGUGUCUCGGGGUGAAGGAUCCCAUCUGCCUCUCAUUCAUAACUCUCACUGUCACCAGAGGUAAUGUUGGGAGUUAGAAAGAGUCCGCAAGAGACUGUGGCCUGUCAGCGGACAGUUCCACCGUCUGCAAUUCAUUAUCAUGCACAUAACUUGACUUGUCAUGGCAGAUGCCAACCUCACGCUGACGAAGGCUGCCGCCAAAACGUGUCCGUUUGUUCUGACCUCUGCUGCUGAAGAAAUACAUGAAAACAUAAUGAAUAUUUCAGUGAAUGCAGGUUUUUCCAUUCUUCAAGUAGAUGCCAACCUCACCAACAAGAACCGGUUGGCUCUGCUCAGAGAAGGAUAAAGUAUUCCAGCCUGAUCCCAGAUCUGUUUGGUCACUCAAUGGUCAUUGUGACUAACAGCACAAACUGAUCUGGGACCAGGCUAGAAGUAGUGGUAGGAGUAUUCCUGGUCACCUGCUAUUGUGACUGCAAAGUAAAGGCUUAGUCUAGGUAGCGUGAAAUAGGAAGUUUAUGCAAGAGUAGAGGUAAUGUGUUGGAGAUGGAGAACCAGUUUACAGUAAAUACUGUUUAACAAAACAAAUGAAAUAGUUAAGCACCUAUGUAACCGCAAUGAACAAUGAUUCCUUUAUGAAUGGGUACUAUGUUGUCUUUCACCUUGUCUAACUACUUAAAGUAAAGCUUUGUGUUGACACUGUUUCUGUUCUGUACUGUAGGCAGUAAAACAACAACACAUUAAGUCAUGGCUUUUGAGGUUCGAUAUCAGUGUGAAUGGGGACUGUUUCACGUCUGACUUCAUUCUAAAAGUCGGCUUACAAUCUGUUUAUAAACACCUAUAAUGUAAACAGUUUUUACGUUUAAAUACACUGUUCAUCCUUUUACAUGAGUGAAUACAUACAAUAAACCAUAGGCUUUAUACAUGUACAGUCGUGGUCAAAAGUUUUGAGAAAGUUCGCUGCUUCAGUGUUAUGAGAUAUUUUUGUCAGAUGUUACUAUGGUAUACUGAAGUAUAAUUACAUUUACAUUUUACAUUUUAGUCAUUUAGCAGACACUCUUAUCCAGAGCGACUUACAGUUAGUGAGUGCAUACAUUUUCGUACUGGUCCCCGUGGGAAACGAACCCACAACCCUGGCGUUGCAAGCACCAUACUCUACCAACUAAUUACAAGCAUUCCAUAAGUGUCAAAGGCUUUUAUAAAAAAUUACAUUAAGUUAAUGCAAAGAGUCAAUAUCUGCAUUGUUGACCCUUCUUUUUCAAGACCUCUGCAAUCCGCCCUGGCAUGCUGUCAAUUAACUUCUGGGCCACAUCCUGACUGAUGGCAGCCCAUUCUUGCAUAAUCAAUGAUUGGAGUUUGUCAGAAUUUGUGGGUUUUUGUUUGUCCACCCGCCUCUUGAGGAUCGACCACAAGUUCUUAAUGGGAUUAAGGUCUGGGGAGUUUCCUGGCCAUGGACCCAAAAUGUCGACGUUUUGUUCCCUGAGCCACUUAGUUAUCACUUUUGCCUUAUGGCAAGGUGCUCCAUCAUGCACCUGUUCUUGUAUGGCUGGGAGAAGUUGCUCUCUGAGGAUGUGUUGGUACCAUUCUUUAUUCAUGGCUGUGUUCUUAGGCAAAAUUGUGAGUGAGCCCACUCCCUUGGCUGAGAAGCAACCCCACACAUGAAUGGUCUCAGGAUGCUUUAAUGUUGGCAUGAUACAGGACUGAUGGUAGCGCUCACCUUGUCUUCUCCGGACAAGGUGUUUUCCGGAUGCCCCAAACAAUCGGAAAGGGGAUUCAUCAGAGAAAAUGACUUUACCCCAGUCCUCAGCAGUCAAAUCCCUGUACCUUUUGCAGAAUAUCAGUCUGUCCCUGAUGUUUUUCCAUGAGAGAAGUUGCUUCUUUGCUGCCCUUCUUGACACCAGGCCCUCCUCCAAAAGUCUUCACCUCACUGUGCAUGCAGUUGCACUCACACCUGCCUGCUGCCAUUCCUGAGCAAGCUCUGCACUGGUGGUGCCCCAAUCCUGCAGCUGAAUCAACUUUAGGAGACGGUCCUGGCGCUUGCUGGACUUUCUUGGGCGCCCUGACGCCUUCUUCACAACAAUUGAACCUCUCUCCUUGAAGUUCUUGAUGAUCCGAUAAAUGGUUGAUUUAGGUGCAAUCUUACUAGCAGCAAUAUCCUUGCCUGUGAAGCCCUUUUUGUGCAAAGCAAUGAUGAUGGCACGUGUUUCCUUGCAGGUAACCAUGGUUAACAGAGGAAGAACAAUGAUUUCAAGCACCACCCUCCUGUUAAAGCUUCCAGUCUGUUAUUCUAACUCAAUCAGCAUGACAGAGUGAUCUCCAGCCUUGUCCUCGUCAACACUCUCACCUGUGUUAACGAGAGAAUCACUGACAUGAUGGCAGCUGGUCCUUUUGUGGCAGGGCUGAAAUGCAGUGGAAAAGUUUUUUUGGGAUUAAGUUAAUUUUCAUAGCAAAGAGGGACUUUGCAAUUAAUUGCAAUUAAUCUGAUCACUCUUCAUGACAUUCCGGAGUAUAUGCAAAUUGACAUCAUCAAAACUGAGGCAGCAGACUUUGUGAAAAUUAGUAUUUGUGUCAUUCUCAAAACUUUUGACCACGACUGUAGUAUGGUGAACAAUGUAAUAAUGUUUACAUGCAGACCAUCUCUGUAGCUCUGUAGCUACCUGACUCUCCAAUACCUUUUAAAAAAUGUGUGUGAGUGAAAGUUCUGACAAGAUGACGUCAGAAUUAUGUCACCUAUCGUCACUGUCUGACGAAAACCUCGUAACUAAAUCUUUGCCCUUUUGUUUUAUUUUGUAUUUAUUGAAAGCAGUAACUUCCCUCAAUAUAUUCGGAACAUUUCAUGACUAGGACCAAGAAAAUGUGUUCAAAAUAGCUUCUAAAGUUUCCUAAAUGUGUGAUCGUUAAUAGGAAAAUAUGAGAAUUUAUUCAAUUUCCUGAAAAGUUUCUGUUUUGGAGAUUAGAUUUCCAUCAGACAGUGAUGCAUACUCUCUCUAACUGUUCCCCCUUCCCCUGUCUCUCCAUACCACCCUCUUAAAAAAUCCAGUUAGACCUAUAACCAAGUCUGUUUAGAAAUGCACACUCUCCCAUGUUGUGGCAACAGCACCAGGCCCCCGGGUGUAACAGGAACACUAUCUGGCAGCAGUUAGGGUCGCCUGUCGGUAGUGAAAUUGACCUCUGAGUCACAGGGGUCGUGACAGGGGCGACUGUAUAGGAGCAGGAUUGUCCCCGCCGAGUGAUGCUUAAUGAAAUCAUUGAGGUGCUGAUGCAUUAUUGACGAGCUUGUCAUAGCAACUGGCUGCACUGUGCAUUCAAGGGACAUUGUGUGCCUGUCUAUUCACAUGGCCUAUUCAUAUGGUCAGGAUUUUCAGGUGACUCAUACCAUCUAUGAUUUGCAGUGUUCACAAAUACAUACAGGUAACUGCCAAAAUAAUGGAAACACUUGCGUAAAUGAAGGAUACAAAGUAUAUUUAAAGCAGGUGCUUCCACACAGGUCUAGUUCCUGAGUUAAUUAAGCAGUUAACAUCCCAUCAUGCUAAGGGUCAUGUAUAAAACUGCUGGGCAGGCCAUUAUUUUGUCGACCUUGGCUAUGCCUCCAUAGGAUGACAAUACCCCCAUCCACAGGGCACGAGUGGUCACUGAAUGUUUUGAUUAGCAUGAAAACGAUGUAAACCAUAUGCCAUGGCCGUCUCAGUCACAUUUACUUCAUUUAGCAGAUGCUCUUAUCCAGAGCGACUUACAGACAACCACAUAUCAAAAGGUAUAGUUAGUACACUUUUCCUCAAUAAAGUAAUUAUUAGCAAAGUCAGAGCUAGAAAAAGGGGGGUGGCGAUUGUCAAGUGCAAGUGUUGGUUCUGGAUGGGGAUUGUUUACAAUAUUCUUUGAAGAGGUACGGUUUCAGGUGCUUUCGGAAGAUGGGCAGGGGCUCUGCUGUCCUAGCUUCAGGGGGAAGCUGGUUCAACCAUUGGGGUGCCAGGACAGAGAAGAGCUUGGACUUGGCUGAGCGGGAGCUGCCCUACCAUAGGGGUGGGAGGGCCAAGAGACCAGAGGUGGCAGAAUGGAGUGCUCGGGUUGGGGUGUAGGGUUUAAGCAUAGCAUGAAGGUAGGGAGGGGCAGUUCCUCUUGCUGCUUCGUAGGCAAGCACCAUGGUUUUGUAGUGGAUGGGAGCUUCGACUGUAAGCCAGUGGAGUGUGCGGAGGAGCGGGGUGACAUGGGAGAACUUGGGAAGGUUGAAAACCAGGCAAGCUGCAGCGUUCUGGUUAAGUUGCAGGGGUUUGAUGGUACUAGCGGGGAGCCCAGUCAACAGCGAGUUGCAGUAGUUCAGACGGGAGAUGACAAGUGCCUGGAUUAGAAUCUGCGCCACUUCCUGUGUGAGGAAAGGUCGUACUCUAUGGAUGUUGCAGAGUAUGAACCUGCUGGAGCGAGUCACUGCUUUGAUGAUUGCAAAGAACGACAGGGUGUUGCCCAGGGUUACGCCAAGGUUCUUUGCACUCUGGGAGGGCAACACUGGAGUUGUCAACCAUGGAGAGGUCUUUGAGCGGGCAGGCCUUCCCCGGGAGGAAGAGCAGCUCCGUUUUGUUGAGGUUGAGGUUGAGGUGGUGGGCCAACAUCCAAGCUAAGAUAUCUGCCAGGCACGCACAGAUGUGUGUCGCCACUUCAGUGUCAGAAGAGGGGAAGGACAAAAAUAGUUGUGUCAUCCGCAUAGCAAUGAUGGGAGACCGUCUGAGGAUAUGACGGAGCCAAGUGACUUGGUGUAUAGAGAGAAGAGGAGAGGGCCUAGAACAGACCCCUGGGGGACAGAUCCUCUCCACGUCACCUGGUAGGAGCGGCAUGCCAGGUAGGAUGCAAUCCAAGAGAGUGCAGAGCCUGAGACGCCCUGCCCUGAGAGGGUGGAGAGGUGGAUCUGAUGGUUCACAGUGUUGAAGGCAGCAGAUAAAUCUAGGAAGAUGAAAACAGGAGAGAGCGUCAGCUUUAGCAGUGCGGAGAGCCUCCGUGACACAAAGAGCAGUCUCGGUUAAAUGACCGUCUUGUAGCUUGACUGGUUAGGGUCAAGAAGAUAGUUCUGAGAGAGAUAAUGAGAGAGUUGAUCAGCGACAGCACACUCAAGUGUUUUGGAAUGAAAAGAAAGGGAUACAGAUAUAAGGUCUCCAGAGAUGGUCUGGAGAAGGGAGGAGGGGACGGGGUCGAGCGGGCAGGUUGUCGGGCGGCCAGACCUCACUAGACCUCACUAGUUACAUGAUUUUAUCUGGAGAGAGACGGGAGAAAGAGGUCAAGGCGUAGGGUAGUUCUGUGUGAGUGGGACCAGUGGACUCAAUAGGCUGAGUGAAUGAGGAGUGGAUGUAGUCAACCUUCUUUUCAAAGUGGUUGAGAAAGUCGACUGCAGAGAGGGAGAGGAGGAUUAAGGAAGGAGGAGGUGGAAAAGAGUUUCCUAGGGUUAGAGGCAGAAGCUUGAAAUUUAAAGUGAUAGAAAGUGGCUUUAGCAGCAGAUACAGAGGAAGAGAAAGUAGAGAGGGAGGGAAAGGAUAAUAGGGUCCUCUGGAACUUUAGUUUUCCGCAAUUUUUGCUCAGCUCCCCGCAGCCCUGUUCUGUAAACUCACAAUGAUUCACUCAGCCACGGAGCAGGAGGGGAGGGUGAGCCGGCCGGGAGGAAAGGGGACAGUGCGAGUCAUAGGAUGCGGAAAGAGAGGAGAGUAGGGUCGAAGAGCCAGAAUCAGGAGACAGGAGGGGGAAGGAUUUGGUAGAAGGGAGAGAUGAUAGGAUAGAAGAGGAGAGAGUAGUGGGAGAGAGAGAGAGUGAAGAUUGUGACGGCGCAUUACCAUCUAGGUACAGUGCCUUGCAAAAGUAUUCAUCCGCCUUGGCGUUUUUCCUAUUUUGUUACAUUACUACCUGUAAUUGAAAUUGAUUUUUGGACCCUUCCUCUCUUUCCUUCCUCGAACAACUCGGCAGAACAACUUGGCAGAACCUUCUUUGUUUCAGCAACGGUCUUAGUUUAGUUCUGGCUCAUGGUGACCCAAAGCCCUAUUAAGACACUUUAUGUUGGUGUUUCCUUUUUUUCGGCAGUCAGUUACCUGUAUAUCUGCAGCAUAUCAGCAAGCUAAAUGCCACCCAGUCAUUUGUGUCUAGUUUUCAGUUGCAGUAAGAAAAGGUGAUAAGAUACGCUCAUCACAUGAUGUUUUGAAGCACAUCAAGUCAACUCAUCAUAAUUGCUCCAGUAGAAACUGUUGCGACAAAACAUAAUUUGCCAUCAUUGCUUAUCAAAGUUCAUGUUUUGAUCAACACCAUAUGGAAUCAAACUUUUUUCUGACAUAUGAAUCCUCUCUCUCUCUCUCUCUCUCUCUCUCUCUCUCUCUCUCUCUCUCUCUCUCUCUCUCUCUCUCUCUCUCUCUCUCUCUCUCUCUCUCUCUCUCUCUCUCUCUCUCUCUCUCUCUCUCCGUAGAACUCCAUGAAUCUGCCUCCAGACAAGGUGAAGAUCCUGUGUCAGUAUGACAAUGAGAAGAAGUGGGAACUGGUCUGUGAUCAGGUGGGACUCCAACUCCACUGCACCAUACAACACUACCGUACUGUGUCAAUAACACCUACUGUAGAUAACAUUACAGUAACAGGAUGUAAUCAUAGUUCCUAGGGGAACUUCAGAGCAGUGGAGGGAAAAACGACCCAAUUGUCACACUUGACUAAAAGUAACGAUAUCUUAAUUGAAAAUUACUCAACUAAAAGUCAAAGUCACCCAGUAAAAUACUACUUGAGUUGAAGUCUAAAAGUAUUUGAUUUUAAAUAUACUUAAGUAUCAUAAGUAAAUGUUAUUGCUAAAAUGUACUUAAGUAUCAAAAGUAAAAGUAUAAAUUAUUUUAAAAUUCCUUAUAUUAAGCAAACCAGACGCCACUGGUUUUUAAAUGUAUGGAUAUCCAGGGCACACUCCAACACUCAGACAUAAUUUACAAACAAAGGAUUUGUGUUUAGCGAGUCCAUCAGAUCAGAAGCAGUAGGGAUGACCAGGGAUGUUCUCUUGAUAAAUGCGUGAAUUUGACUUAUUUUCCUGUCCUCCUAAGCAUUUAAAAUGUAACGAGUACCUUUGGGUGUUAGGGAAAACUUUUGGAGUAAAAAGUACAUUAUUUUCUUUAGGAAUGUAGAGAAGUAAAAGUAAAAGUAGUCAAACAUUUAAAUAGUAAAGUAAAGUACAGAUACCCCCAAAAACGACUUAAGUAGUACUUUAAACUAUUUUUACUUAAGUAUUUUACACCACUAUUUCAGAGUGAGGUUACAUGAAACAUCUUUAGAGAAUACUACGUUGUAAUGAUUGAAUCCCUGAUUUGCAGACCGUCGUAUAGCAGCAUUGAGUUGUCGUGUUUAAUUUUGUCAGUGUGUCCUUGGUUCUAGGAAAGCACCCCAUUGACACACUAACGCAAUGAGAGUGGUUGUUCACACACACAUGUACGUGCGCACGCAAGAAACAACCACCACACACACACAAACACACACACACACUGUGUCCUGCUGGCAACCUCAUCAAUAUUGUAGGUUGCUGUGGCAACGGUGACGAGGCAGAUAACUUCCUGAGGCUCGGAGGGGAGUGACACACAGGACACCUGUCACUGUCACUGCAGCACAGACCUGCAAUGGUUCAAUGUUGUCCCUUCCCUUAUUCUAGCAGAGUUAGAGCCAUUGUUAUCAAAGGCCCUCUGCCUCAACUCUGACCUGGCAUCAAUUGAUACAGUGGCUUGCGAAAGUAUUCACACCCCUUGGCAUUUUUCCUAUUUUGUUGCGUUGCAACCUGGAAAUCAAAUGGAUUUUUUGGGGCUUUGUAUCAUUUUAUUUACACAACAUGCCUACCACUUUGAAGUUGCAAAAUAUGUUUUAUUGUGAAACAAACAAGAAAUAAGACAAAAAAAUAACAGAAAACUUGAGCGUGCAUAACUCUUCACCCCCCCCCCCCCCCCAAAGUCAAUACUCUGUAGAGCCACCUUUUGCAGCAAUUACAGCUGCAAGUCUCUUGGGGUAUGUCUCUAUAAGCUUGGCACAUCUAGCCACUGGGAUUUUUGCUCAUUCUUCAAGGCAAAACUGCUCCAGCUCCUUCAAGUUGGAUGGGUUCCACUGGUGUACAGCAAUCUUUAAGUCAUACCACAGAUUCUCAAUUGGAUUGAGGUCUGGGCUUUGACUAGGCCAUUCCAAGACAUUUCAAUGUUUCCCCUUAAACCACUCGAGUGUUGCUUUAGCAGUAUGCUUAGGGUCAUUGUCCUGCUGGAAGGUGAACCUCCGUCCCAGUCUCAAAUCUCUGGAAGACUGAAACAGGUUUCCCUCAAGAAUGUCCCUGUAUUUAGCGCCAUCCACCAUUCCUUCAAUUCUGACCAGUUUCCCAGUCCCUGCCGAUGAAAAACAUCCCCACAGCAUGAUGCUGCCACCACCAUGCUUCACUGUGGGGAUGGUGUUCUCGGGGUGAUGAGAGGUGUUGUGUUUUCGCCAGACAUAGCGUUUUCCUUGAUGGCCAGAAAGCUCAAUUUUUGUCUCUUCUGACCAGAGUACCUUCUUCUAUAUGUUUGGGGAGUCUCCCACAUGCCUUUUGGCGAACACCAAAUGUGUUUGCUUAUUUUUCUCAUUAAGCAAUGUCUUUUUUCUGGCCACUCUUCCAUAAAGCCCAGCUCUGUGGAGUGUACGGCUUGAAGUGGUCCUAUGGACAGAUACUCCAAUCUCCGCUGUGGAUUUUUGCAGCUCCUUCAGGGUUAUCUAAACAAGUUAUUUUUUUCAUUUCACUUCACCAAUUUGGACUAUUUUGUGUAUGUCCAUUACCUGAAAUCCAAAUAAAAAUCAAUUUAAAUUACAGGUUGUAAUGCAACAAAAUAGGAAAAAUGCCAAGGGGGAUGAAUACUUUUGCAAGGCACUGUAGAUUGGCAUCCUGACAUGCAUAUACAUGUCCCAACAUUGGUUCAGCCUCAUCAACGGAUAUAUAUCAUUGGUUAUGUUAGCAUAAAUUAAGCAGUGUAAUCAUCAAGGCUGUGAAGUCUCUGUUGAGUUUUGCCCUCUGGUCCCUUUCUCCCACAGUGCACCCAUGCAAUCAACAUAAUUAGAUACAAUCUACCAUCUCUCUCUCUCUCUCUCUCUCUCUCUCUCUCUCUCUCUCUCUCUCUCUCUCUCUCUCUCUCUCUCUCUCUCUCUCUCUCUGUCUCUCUUUGUCUGUCUGUCUGUCUCCUCUGCUUCCUACAGGAACGGUUCCAAGUGAAGAAUCCACCCUCUGCUUACUUGCUGAAGCUCAGAAGUUAUCUUGACCAGGGAGGGGUUAGUCGUAAGGUACUGUACCAUUACAGUCCUGAACGAGGCCAGUCUGGGCUAUGACCCUGCUCAGAUACUUUCAAAAACAUAAUUCCUUGAAGUAAUCACCGAUAUAAAAUGAAUUUGCAAAAGCUAUGUUGUUGUUUGUGUUAUGACAGUUCAAGAGGCGUGUCCAGGAGUCCACACAGGUCUUGAGAGAGCUGGAAAUUUCCCUGAGGACCAAUCAUAUCGGGUAAGACCCACUCCCUUACCCAACUUUUCCACUUACUCCAAUCUAUUGGUCGUUUUUAUAUUUUUUAACCCUUAUUUUACCAGGUAAGUUGACUGAAAACACAUUCUCAUUUACAGCAACGACCUGGGGACUAGUUACAGGGGAGAGGAGGUGGGAUCAAUUAGCUUAUUUAUAAUGAUAAAACCAUUAUAAACUCUACCAACAAAAUGCUAAUCCUGUAAAAGGGCAUUGCGUGAGAGCACUGAAAUACGAUAGAAUUAUUGGAUAUUCAUUAGCAAACCAUAAGAUGCUGGAUUUAGGCUUGCAGGGUCUAGAGUCAGGGUUAGAUGCUAUUGGGCAGCUCCAGUCAGAUGUAAGUAAUUGUUGUUGUUGUAAACUAUGCACCAGAAUUGCUUGUUGUUAAGUGUGGGAAUGAUCUUUCACCGUUUCGUCGAGUGAGAUUGUUGUUUUACUGUUUUACUUGUGGUUACUAUCACCUGGAUAGACCAAAUUUCCAGUUGUGUACUGUGAAAAGGUCCCUAGCGUACUAACAACAGCAUGACUGCUUGGAAAGGGAGGGGUAGGUAUAGAAGGAGGGAGAGAGGGACAAAGAGAGUCAAACGUAUCGUACAUACAUUUGGAAACUACGCUCACAGUUCUCAGAAUACUUAGCACCCUAACCACUGCCCAUUCGGAGAAGAAUUCAUGAAUGUAUUUACGUGUCUGUCUUUGUUCGUCGUCUCUCUGUUGAAACCAAUCACUCCUAUGGGGAAGGUGCCGAUGAGUGUAAGGCUCUUGUUGUCCACCAGAGGUCACAAUGUCCUUAGUUGUCCUGGCUUGGAGUGGAGGGUUCAAAUAGGACAGAUACUCAGAUGCACCCGUGAUUGUCUGAGAUGGGAUGUUCUUCUUCCCACCUAGUGUGGUUAGUCAAAGUUCUAGAUCACUUUACACGUCCAGCUGCAGACUGCCAAUGUUCUGGUCUAGUGAGUGUAUCUUCUUCACCUCGUGUUGAGGUUCAACGUUCCAACCAUUUUCAGACGUGUAGACCACCGUCUCACUUCUUUCUGGUCUAACCAUUUUAAGCUUUCUGGUCUAAUGUGAAUUUCGUUACGAAGUCUUUCUAUUCUCGGGUAAAAAGGGGGCGUUCCAUCACGCCGACACAAUGUCUGUGUUCCCUUGGGGCGUGGUUACUGGCUGGGCAAAAGUUUAUAUGAAAAACAAUGAUCUCAUUAGAAGACUAAAAUCACAUUCCUAUCGUCACCAAAAUACUCUCAUACUUAAUCAUAUAUUUUAUACAUUUAGAUGUAAACUUGACAAAUAGAAUGUGUACACUUUCCAAGUUACAGUUAUUGUGUUACACCAUCCUUAAUGACAUCACAAAAUAAUAAACAAUAUGACAUGAUUAUUCUUUAGAUCCCCACUGACCAUUCUUAACAUUCGGAUGAUAGAAAUAAAUGUUCCAAUGUUCACUUUUUAGGGAAAAAGGUUUUGGCGGCAAAACUCUCUCUCUAGACAAAGGCAUUAUUAUCUCAAUACUAGAGAGCCAGGGAGAGAUUUCUCUCCUGAUUAAAUUUACAACCCAGUGUUAAAGUGUCAAGACCGCCACAGCCCCCAUUCCCCUCUUCAAACAUUUGCCUAGCUGAUGGGUCCUUUGACCCACUGUCAGGAGAGUCAUGACAAUAUUGUUAUGACUGGAUGUUGUAAUGUGUGUCUGAUUGUGGUUGUAGUGACUUUUGCCUGCUGUAAAGUCUGAUUGGUGUAUUGUAUGGGGGUUGUACAGUGUAGAUAAACAUUGUGCAGCUGUGGUUAAUCAAUCAAUCAAUAAAAUGUAUUUAUAAAGCCCUUUUUACAUCAGCAGAUGUCACAAAGUGCUUAUACAGAAACCCAGCCUAAAACCCCAAAGAGCAAGCAAUGCAGAUGUAGAAGCAUGGUGGCUAGCAAAAACCAUUAAUUGUUAAUUGUUUUAAGGUGUGCCAAUUGGGUCUUACUAUCCUUUCCCCCUCCUGUUUCCCAUCCUAUCCUGUUCCCCUCCUCUCCAGCUGGGCUCAGGAGUUCCUCAGUGAGGAGAACCGUGGCCUGGAUGUCCUGGUUGACUAUGUGUCCUUCGCCCAAUGUGCCGUCAAGUGAGUAGCAGUCCUUCACAUCUAUAUAUGGAUAAGACAAUCUGAGAGGAAAAGGCAAGGUUUUGACCUUGGGUGUCCAUCCUGAUGUGGUUCUUUAUGGGGGUUCUGGGUCUUUCCUUCUUUUUCUUGGGACCCAUUAGUAGUGAAAAAUAUCCUAGGGCUUUAGAUUGAACAUUUAACAUAACUUUAAUAUUCCAUAUUGAUAGUAUCGUUUCAUCUCUCCCAUUCAUGUCCAAAUCCCUUAUUCAGAUGUAUGAUCUUAAUUUGACCUAUAUUGUCACAGCAAAAUAAUCCUGCAGCAACAGAAUUUGAAUGUUGCUUGAUAGGUGGUUAAGCUAUUGGAUGGCCAAAAGUAGGCUACAGUGAGGGAAAAAAGUAUUUGAUCCCCUGCUGAUUUUGUACGUUUGCCCACUGACAAAGAAAUGAUCAGUCUAUAAUUUUAAUGGUACGUUUAUUUGAACAGUGAGAGACAGAAUAACAACAAAAAAAUCCAGAAAAACGCAUGUCAAAAAUGUUAUAAAUUGAUUUGCAAUAAAUAAGUAUUUGACCCCCUCUCAAUCAGAAAGAUGUCUGACUCCCAGGUGUCUUUUAUACAGGGAACGAGCUGAGAUUAGAGCACACUCUAAAAGGGAGUGCUCCUAACCUCAGCUUGUUACCUGUAUAAAAGACACCUGUCCACAGAAGCAAUCAAUCAAUUAGAUUCCAAACUCUCCACCAUGGCCAAGACCAAAGAGCUCUCCAAGGAUGUCAGGGACAAGAUUGUAGACGUACACAAGGCUGGAAUGGGCUACAAGACCAUCACCAAGCAGCUUGGUGAGAAGGUGACAACAGUUGGUGCGAUUAUUCGCAAAUGGAAGAAACACAAAAGAACUGUCAAUCUCCCUCAGCCUGGGGCUCCAUGCAAGAUCUCACCUCGUGGAGUUGCAAUGAUCAUGAGAACGGUGAGGAAUCAGCCCAGAACUACACGGGAGGAUCUUGUCAAUGAUCUCAAGGCAGCUGGGAACAUAGUCACCAAGAAAACAAUUUGUAACACACUACGCCGUGAAGGACUGAAAUCCUGCAGUGCCCGCAAGAUCCCCCUGCUCAAGAAAGCACAUAUACAGGGACGUCUGAAGUUUGCCAAUGAACAUCUGAAUGAUUCAGAGGAGAACUGGGUGAAAGUGUUGUGGUCAGAUGAGACCAAAAUGGAGCUCUUUGGCAUCAACUCAACUCGCCGUGUUUGGAGGAGGAGGAAUGCUGCCUAUGACCCCAAGAACACCAUCCCCACCGUCAAACAUGGAGGUGGAAACAUUAUGCUUUGGGGGUGUUUUUCUGCUAAGGAGACAGGACAACUUCACCGCAUCAAAGGGACGAUGGACGGGGCCAUGUACCAUCAAAUCUUGGGUGAGAACCUCCUUCCCUCAGCCAGGGCAUUGAAAAUGGGUCGUGGAUGGGUAUUCCAGCAUGACAAUGACCCAAAACACACGGCCAAGACAACAAAGGAGUGGCUCAAGAAGAAGCACAUUAAGGUCCUGGAGUGGCCUAGCCAGUCUCCAGAGCUUAAUACCAUAGAAAAUCUGUGGAGGGAGCUGAAGGUUCGAGUUGCCAAACAUCAGGCUCGAAACCUUAAUGACUUGGAGAAGAUCUGCAAAGAGAUGUGUGCAAACCUGGUGGCCAACUACAAGAAACGUCUGACCUCUGUGAUUGCCAACAAGGGUUUUGCCACCAAGUACUAAGUCAUGUUUUGCAGAGGGGUCAAAUACUUAUUUCCCUCAUUAAAAUGCAAAUCAAUUUAUAACAUUUUUGACAUGCGUUUUUCUGGAAUUUUUUGUUGUUAUUCUGUCUCUCACUGUUCAAAUAAACCUACCAUUAAAAUUAUAGACUGAUCAUUUCUUUGUCAGUGGGCAAACAUACAAAAUCAGCAGGGGAUCAAAUACUUUUUUCCCUCACUGUACAUGAAAAGUGCAAUACUGUUAAUAUAACGGGUUUUCAGUGAAUGCCGGUUUUCAGUGAAUGUAUGUAAAUUCUCAGCAAUAUAAAAGUGAUCAAAUUAAGAUCCUACAUCUGUACUCUGGACCCUCAGCUAUGACAUGGACAGUUUGGACAACGGGACAGCCACACCGGACAAAUCUGUGGAGGACUUCACGAGGAGUGCCGGUAACUCUCCAAUCCAUGGUGCUUCUAAAGUGGCUCGUUCCUUUACUGUGAGGUGAGUGUCACCAGGAACUGGUGAGAAGUAUGGCGCUGCAAUGAGUGCAUAAAAGUCUGUCUGUUGGAUGGGACCGAGGUUGGACUACACUUGUAGUUCUUGCACCCAAGAUUCAUGGGCGUUACUUGUGAGGAAAGAACAAUGACUCCCAGUCCUCCCGUACCCACACACACACUGUGACACACACACACACCAUGACCACUUCCCCUACCCCAAUGGGAGUUGAUGUGUCUGUAGAUUGAUCUCUGUGGAUGUCUGUGAUUGACGUUACUGCACGGUUGGAUCAGUGCAGCGGGUGUCAGGCUGACACAGACACACACACACUUUUAUCACUACUUUACAGUAUUAUGGGAUGUCGAGGCAGGCCAGCACUUUGAUAUAAGACAGGUCUGACAGAUUCAUUGGAUCAGAUUCAGGGGAUACGAUCCACUCUCUGUCACCCUGCUUCUAUCUCAUUCAAAUGAUAUGGUGGUGUCCCUGUUGAAAUGUUUAAUGAAAACAUGUGGUCCAUGGGCGUUGACGACCGGAUACACUUUGAUGUAGAUUACAUUAUAGCAUGGUUCAAUGACAUUCCUUGCCAUGGAACAAAGCGUAUGCCAUAAUCAAACCUGGGACAAUGCUUCUUCUUAUGUAAUAUAAAUCCUUUGCACUGUGUUUCGAAUUCCCGGAACGAGUGUGAUCUCAGUUUUGUCUGCUUGAAAAUGUUCUCAAAAUGUCUGGGAAAGUUUCUGGUUGGCCGUAACCUUAUGAGAAUCUUGGUGCAGCUGGUACUGCUAAGCACAUACUGUAGCUUAACCUGUCCCGUCAAGGUGGCCUAGUCUGUCCCAAGCUGUCACACACAUACACACACACACACACACACACACACACACACACACACACACACACACACACACACACACACACACACACACACACACACACACACACACACACACACACACACCCACAUACAUACACACACAUACACACACACACACAUACAUACAUACAUACAUACAUACACACACACACACACACACACACACACACACACACACACACACACACACACUCACACACACACACACACACACACACGUAAACAGACAGACAGACACAGACAGACAGAUGCGCACACUCACACACUCACACACGCACACACACACGCACACACACACACAUACACAUGUACACACACAUGUAAACAGACAGACAAACAGAUAAACAUACAGAAAGAUGUGCACAUGCACAUGCACACACACACGUACACACACAUGUAAACAGACAGACAGACAGACAGACAGAUGCGCGCGCGCACACACACACACACAGACACACACACACACACACACCUCUAUCCUCUAUACUCUUUUUCAUCUGGAGGAGCCACAUUCCUGUCACACCAACUGUUUCAUAGGGUAAACGUUGGAAGCAGCCUUCCUCCCUCUCAGCAUUCUAGUCUAUGUUGUAAACAUGUGAGCAAUGUCUGCCUAGGGCAAAACCAUCAGACAUUCCACCUAUCAACAGAUAUCUGGGAGGAUCCAUUUUGGGGCACUGCCUGCCUGUCAUUGAUGCUUCCAAGAGGAGUGUGUAAGAAUCUCGUUUAUCACCUCUGUAGUCUUCUCUUUCUGCCUGUUUUUUCUCUUUCGCUGGUGUCUAUAAUAUCUACUUGCCCCUCUCUCUCUUUCAAUCACUCAGAUGUAAUUUUAACCAAAAAUAUUUCGAAGUGAAUAUUAACAUGACUAUUUACAUGUGGAUCUGGCAAUGGAAGCUUCAUUGCUUCAUUCAUUGAUUGCAUCAUCAUAGACAAAAACGAGUCCCAUUCAGCCUUAAAACACAUUACGUUGUGGGGACAGGGCUAAUUUUAUCUCUUAUGAGUUUUGAAAUACAUACACAUUAUAAACUUGCACAAAUUACACACAGGGUGGACAUUUUAUAGUUAUUCAAAGCCCUCGCAGUUUGAAUAACUAUAAAAUGUCCACCCUGUGUGUAAUUUGUGCAAGUUUAUAAUGUGUAUGUAUUUCAAAACUCAUAAGAGUUGGAGGUGUGUCACUACAGCUAUAAUGUUAUGUAAUAACCUCUUAUUACAUGGUAUUGUUGCGUUAUGCAUUUGUAAUAACAUUAAAUAACAGCUACGUUUCUCACCCGGCAGAUUCAACCCUCUCCACAACAGGAAAGCGAUGAGGAACUCACGCCUCGUCAGUCAGAAAGACGACGUUCACCUCUGCAUCAUGUGUCUACGUGCCAUCAUGAACUACCAGGUACAUACUGCACCUCCCCAUGUAAACCCUACUGAACCUUUAUUCACCUAUAACACUUAGCCAGGUAGGCCUAUCCACCUUUAUCUCUACUGUUAAAACAGCGUGACUCAAUAGAGUUAGCUAGGAGGAGUAACAUUUAUUUCAGCAUCAUUGCUUGGUGUUUUACACACCAAUAACUUUAUGCUUCCCUCCUACGCUGUAAAGCACUGUCCAUCAAAAAAGCGACAGUUGACAGGCUUUGUGUCAGUAUGGAUCAAGUCUACACUGCAGUAUAUGAAGUGUGACUGACGAUGGCGAUGACUGACAACGGUGUGUACGUGUGUGUUUAGUCUGGGUUUAACCUGGUGAUGACCCACCCGUGUUGUGUGAACGAGAUCACCCUCAGCCUCAACAACAGGAACCCCAGGUGAGGACCAGUGUUAUUAGUGUGUGCGUGUGUGUGUGUGUGUGUGUGUGUGUGUGUGUGUGUGUGUGUGUGUGUGUGUGUGUGUGUGUGUAUAAUAUACACUUGUACCCCUCAGGACCAAAGCUUUAGUGCUGGAGCUGUUGGCUGCUGUAUGUCUAGUGAGGGGCGGUCAUGACAUCAUCCUCUCCGCUUUUGACAACUUCAAAGAGGUAAGAGGGGUAUCCAUGACGACAGUCUCUUCACCAACACUUCCUGUCAAACCCUACACCCUUCUGAAGUCUCCCAUCAUGUUGCAUGUCAUACAGCAGGGGUAUUCAACAAAAGCUCCGGAGCCUGCUGGUUUUCUUUUCUACCUGAUAAUUAAUUGCACGCACCUCGUUUCCCAGGUCUAAAUCAGUUCCUUAUUAGAGGGGAACAAUGAAAAAACGCAUUGGAACUGUCUUCGGGGUCCAGAGUUGAGUUUGAGGGUCAUAGAGACUCCCAGUUUCCCAAAUCUCCCAUUGACAUCAACGCACAAAUAAUGACUUAUAUGCAGAGAUCUGAAAAAAGUUAGGAUGUGGCCAUCAGUCGUCUUGAUUUCCUUGUGAACACUGCACACGCCAAGUCAACCUAUCAACCCCCAUCCAAAGAUAUCACCCAACGUCCCCCCUGGCAGCUGUCAUGGCAGUUGUCCGCUAUAAGCAGGAGGGGGUGAAGGUGCAGGAGGGGGUGGGGGCACAAAAAUUCGUAACAGUUGUUGGCGACGUGACAGUUUAACCUUUCUUUGGACUUCUCCCCACUGUCUGUCAAGGGACCAACUGUUGCUAACAGAUAAAGACCCCCGUGGAUAGGGCUAGCCAGACGUUGUGAUGUAGACCUGGGUAUUAUUAGCAAUGGGCAAGGACGGAAAAGCUAGGUCUUAGCAUUAGAUGAACCACUGCAACCUGUGGUAUUUAGGGACAGUUGCCCCUAAGCACUGAUCUGUGGUCAGUUUUGUCUUCGAAGUCCUGAUUAGUAUAAUUAUCCUAGUCCAGUAGUUAUGAGAAACCUCUCCCUAGAGCGGUUAAUUACAUGGACAUUGACCAGAGCAGACUACUUUUUCAGUAGCAAAAGGUGUUCUAUCAAAAUGUCUGACAUUCACUUGUUUCCUCUGACGUAUGUCUGGUGGCAUGAGGAAGUCUCAGAACACAUGGUAUAUCAGCGUUGGUUACUUCCAGUCAGUGGCGAUUUUAGUGCAUGCCAGCAAAGCCACAACACAACACUAAACAAUACAUGAAUUGCACUAUAACGGUGACAAACGGUUAGGGCCUACAUAAAGCUGUCCCAACAGCAGAGCUUUAUUUUCAGCACCAUGGAGUGAAUCCUUACCACCGCUACACCUGGCUAUCAGCGGAGCCUUGUCUGGCAGCGAAACAGUUCAUUCAGCCUAAUUUAAUGCAUUUUUAAAAACCAUAGCUGACAUGGCUGAUUUGCUUAAACAAAUGUGGUUACAACUGACUCCUUGUGGAUUUGUGUAAGUCGAUAAGAACCGCAUUCUCCUUCAAUAAUAACAAACGCCAAAAUUAGUUUUGACUUUUGAACCAUACACAAACAUUAUUACAUUCAUGUUCAGUAAAUUCAUCAUGUUUGUUCUUAUAUCAUCAAUACUGAGCUCUAAAUAUAAGCAAGUGCAAGCAAACAAGCUGCGACACACUAAAAUGGACACCGACACAAAUUCAGAUAGAUGUUACAGUAGUUCAGAUAAAUUCAGCAAGAUGUUGAGGCGUUAACUUUACUAUUUUUUAAGUCACCACACAGAGAGAGAGAGAGAGAGAGAGAGAAAGAGAGACAGACAGACAGAGAGAGAGAGAGAGAGAGAGAGAGAGAGAGAGAGAGAGAAAGAGAGAGACAGACAGACAGACAGACAGACAGACAGACAGACAGACAGACAGACAGACAGACAGACAGACAGACAGACAGACAGACAGACAGACAGACAGACAGACAGACAGACAGACAGACAGACAGACAGACAGACAGAGAGAGAGAGAGAGAGACACUCGGUUAGCCUAUCCAUUUUAAGUAUUUUAUUAAGCCUAAGUGGUCUAAAAAGGAAGGAAAAUACAAUCACAAGGAUUCUCUUUUAUAGACAAUAUACUGACACACAGACAGCGCUUUGCGCAAACAAAACAACCCUCACAAUAUCAACUGGAAUUACAUGGGUCUAUUACUGAACUUUUUGUUGAAAGCAAAUAUAUUCACUGGCAAACAUGGUUACAGACCCAACAACAUUAUAUAGUAUCCCCUCCUCGUGAAGAAAAACGCAUGAGCUACUGUAAUUAUAAUACACAAGGUAAGCAAAACAAUGAAAUCAUUCCAACAUUGCCUAAAAUGAUUAAUAAGAUUCUAAUGAGAUAGACCUCUAUAAGUAAUAGGCCUAUAACAAUUGAGAUGUAUAAACUAUGGCAUAAGGGAACGAUGAGCAGAUAAGAGGCAAGCUGUAAUUUCGAUUAAGACAUUAAUGAGCGAGUAGCCGAUAUACCUAUUUGUUCAGCACUUUUGAAAUGUACAGCGACAGAAUUCAGAACAUGGGCUGUUCUUACAGUUUUCUCCAUGUACAUCAAGUCAGAACCGUAGGAUAAAUUAAAGGGGGCAUAUAAGCAGACAAAGAAAGCUCUUACAAUAUUUGACGAUGACAUUUCUCUAAAACAGGCAAUAGGCUACAUGUGCACCACCAAGUUAGAACAGUAGGCUAAGUUCUGAGGGGGAAAGGGACCAAAUUAUUAGGGUGAAGCACAUGGGCUACUAACAGCUUACUACACAACAUACACUUAGUAUUACUUUCUUAGCUACAGUAUACAUACAGUGGCUUGCGAAAGUAUUCACCCCCCUUGGCAUUUUUCCUAUUUUGUUGCUUUACAACCUGGAAUUAUAAUCGAUUUUUGGUGGGUUUGUCACAUUUGAUUUACACAAUAUGCCUACCACUUUGAAGAUGCUAAAUAUUUUUUAUUGUGAAACAAACAAGAAAUAAGACAAAAAAAUACAGAAAACUUACAUAACUAUAACUAUUCACCCCCGCCCAAAGUCAAUACUUUGUAGAGCCAUCUUUCGCAGAAAUUACAGCUGCAAGUCUCUUGGGGUAUGUCUCUAUAAGCUUGGCACAUCUAGCCACAGGGAUUUUUGCUCAUUCUUCAAGGCAAAACUGCUCCAGCUCCUUCAAGUUGGAUGGGUUCCGCUGGUGUACAGCAAUCUUUAAGUCAUACCACAGAUUCUCAAUUGGAUUGAGGUCUGGGCUUUGACUAGGCCAUUCCAAGACAUUUCAAUGUUUCCCCUUAAACCACUCAAGUGUUGCUUUAGCAGUAUGCUUAGGGUCAUUGUCCUGCUGGAAGGUGAACCUCUGUCCCAGUCUCAAAUCUCUGGAAGACCCAAACAGGUUUCCCUCAAGAAUUCCCCUGUAUUUAGCGCCAUCCAUCAUUCCUUAAAUUCUGACCAGUUUCCCAGUCCAUGCCAAUGAAAAACAUCCCCACAGCAUGAUGCUCCCACCACCAUGCUUCACUGUGGGGAUGGUGUUCUCGGGUGAUGAGGAGUUGGGUUUGCGCCAGACAUAGCGUUUUCCUUGAUGGCCAAAAAGCUCAAUUUUACUCUCAUCUGACCAGAGUACCUUCUUCCAUAUGUUUGGGGAGUCUCCCACAUGGCUUUUGGCGAACACCAAACGUGUUUGCUUAUUUUUUUCUUUAAGCAAUGGCUUUUUUUCUGGCCACUCUUCCAUAAAGCCCAGCUCUGUGGAGUGUACGGCUUAAAGUGGUCCUAUGGACAGAUACUCCAAUCUCCGCUGUGGAGCUUUGCAGCUCCUUCAGGGUUAUCUUUGGUCUCUUUGUUGCCUCUCUGAUUAAUGCCCUCCUUGCCUGGUCCGUGAGUUUAAAAGACAACUGGGAACUCAGGAAAAAAACAAGGUUGAAUCAUGACGUCAAAGAUCUUCAGGUCGGAGCUCUAGAAAGAGGCCCGAGUUCCCGACUUGGAAUUCCGAGUUGGAUGACCGUUCAAAACUUAUUUUCCCAGUCGGAGUUCCCAGUUGUCUUGAACUCACUGAAGUCUGAGAUUUCCCAGUUCCGAGUUUCCAGUUGUUUUGAACACGGCAGAAGUCAUGCUGAAUUGACAGCAUGGCAAAUGUAUUCAACCUUUUCUGGCCCAUUGACUAUGUUUAUCAUUUUAAGCUUUGAAACGAGACCCUUUCAGACAGAUGUUUUAAAUCCUUAAACCCAGACUUGGACCACACACCCUCUCCACCGAAUAGCAGGCAGAGGAAGGAAAAUAGUGAUUGCUUUGCAACGCUUGCAGUUAGUCACUGAUUCUUUCCAAACCACUCAUUGUUAAAUUUGCGAUCUGACUUGUUGUGUAGUGUUUAUGUCCAAUGGCUGAUGAGCACAGAUACGUUUUAUCUAUAAUUUCUCUUAUUGUGACAAGGAUUGAAAAGGAUUUGCACGUGAUUCAUGAUGAUGACUAGUAUGAUUUGAAAGUAUGAUGUUGACAUGAUCAGUCCAAUCAAAGCUAUGGUAGAUAUAACGUGAUUUGACGCCAUUUUAUCUGUGGCCAAUGACCUUGAGCCUUCUUGGAUGGGCACUUCUAAUGUCAAUCUAUGGCAGCAUCCAAGGGGGCUUGAACUGCCUAACUCGCCCUGUAGAUUCUGCGGUGACGUAGUGUCCCCAUGAGUGACAGAACACUGAGCCAAUCACAGCACAACUAGAGAAGAUUACCAACGCCUAUGCUCUGUAUGUUCCGCUGGCUGCCCCACCACCACAGAAAGCACUGAGCUAGGCUGAAACACCUGCAUUUUGGAGCUGCCUUACUCAAGAAAGCGACCAUGUUUGUAUGCGGCUUUAUUCACUCAAUAAAUGUGUUUUUACAUUGUUUGCAAACUGAUAUGUGACAUGAUUUAAUGCCAAAAUAACAUUCAAAGCAGGCAACAGCUACUGUAAACAGGUGGGGCUCAAAACAGGUGGGGCUCUGCUCCACCUGCCCUGAAUGACUGGUAAUCACUGCUUACAGUCCGUCUUUUUAAAGCCCUAUAAUGUGCCACUCAGCGAUAGGCAUCGCUUAAACAAUGCUUGCAAAGUUUAUUUCGAAGAGGGAUUGACCUUUCAACACUUUCAAAUUAGCUCGAUAAAAGUCACCCAUAAUUGCAGUAUCCAGAGCUCUCGCCUUCUCAUAUCCUAUCUCAUAUCCUAAUCACACACACUGUUUAAGCAACACCUUAGAGUAGUAACCUAGUAUCAGUUGCAGUGCUGGCAUCAAAAGUGGCACUCGUUUUGGGAUAGCACGGAGAAACUGUGUGGGUGAGAGACAGAUGGAGGGAGGGAGGGAGGGAACGAGCGAGAGUUGAUAGAUAGCACAUGGUGGAGGAGUGUAGAAGUGGAGGCGGAAAGGCGGAGUACUGUACCAGGCUGGCUCCUGUUGCCCACAGUGGCAGAGCGUGGGCAUUGUUUGGGUACAGGCUGGCAGGUUGAGGAGCAAGCCUGUAUUAUUUAGUGGACAUGAGUGGGCUGGGGGGAGGCGGCAUUAAACCUUAAAGACGUAUCACGCAUGUUCAAAAGGGUACAGUUAUUGGAUAUCACACUGUAGAACAGUCUAACUGAUAUAUUUCAUUUUCAAACACAAUACUUAUGAGACUAUUCUGACCCACCUUUGUAUGGCCGAGUGAUGCUGACAUUAUAGCUUUCAUGAUUGAAGUCAGCUAACUUCCAUUUUAGAAGUCAUUUGCGAAAACAUUGCGGUGCGGUAGAGAGAACUGGAGAAAGACAAAGUGAAAUAUCGUUUGCGUGGGGUACAAGAAGCUGUAUUUAAGGAUACACUGCCCCCCUGUGCAUAUUUGUGGUGUUGCGGUGCCGAAUUAUGUGCCUAGUCGAAAACCUUUUCCCCUUCAAUCCAUGUCGUUGAUAAGGUAUGUGGAGAGAGGAGCCGCUUCGAGAAGCUGAUGGAGUAUUUCUGCAAUGAAGACAGCAACAUUGACUUCAUGGUAAAUCUGACUCCAAAUUGCACAAUUCAUGUUUAUUAGGUCCAUCUCCACAGAAGAGAAAAUGCUCAGACUUGAUUAGCAAGUUACAGUAGAUGUAAACCUGACGCCGUCUCCUACUGUUUAUGUCCACCAGGUGGCGUGCAUGCAGUUCAUCAACAUCGUGGUCCACUCAGUAGAGAACAUGAACUUCAGGGUCCAUCUGCAGUAUGAGUUUAGCCACCAUGGCCUGGAUGACUAUCUGGAGGUGAGUGAUACUGAAUCACAGAGAGAAGUUGCCCCUUACCACUGAUACAUCAAAUCAAAUUGCAUUUGUCACAUGCGCCGGCUGAAUACAACAGGUGUAGACUUUACCGUGAAACAUGGUGAGAUAUUUUCAGAAAAUAUAAAAAUAUACCCCCUUAUUUGUGAAUAAUAUAACUUAUAAAAUACCUUAUGAGAUUGCAUUAGUACAACUGUCUUUCCUUAUCAUAACCAAAAACCCAAAGACACAUCAUUCUAUUGUUUAUGUUUUUGUUGUCAUAGGAGACUAGAUUUGAAGGUAAACAAAUGAUGCGUGUGUGCACAUAAUUACAUAGAAAAAUAGUAAUGUAUCUCUAUAUUUGUCUUUGUAUAUGUGUGUAUGUGUUCCUCUGUCAUGUGCAGAGGUUAAAGUUCACAGAGAGUGACAGGCUGCUGGUGCAGAUUCAGGCCUACCUGGAUAACGUGUUUGAUGUGGGGGCUCUGCUGGAGGAUGCAGAGACCAAGAACGCCCUGUUGGAACACAUGGAGGAGCUGCAGGACCACAAUGCACAGGUGACCAUACGUCCAUUGUGUACAAACAAGAAUGUGUACAAGAACACACAUCCGCUAUGUCAACUUUAUUUUGAUGUGUUGCACCUGGGUGAACUUGUUCACGCUUUCUUGUGCACAUUGUGUUUGAAGGUUUAUAAUAAGUAGAUUGUAUGUACUGUGUGUUUUUUUUUACGUGUCUGUACGACUGUAUAUAAAUGUGUGUGUGUGUGUGUGUGCGUGUGUGUGUAUUAUAGAUAAGCAGCAGAUUGCAAGAGAGUGAGAGGGAGGCGUUGGAGACAGUGUCAGAGUUGGAGAAACAUCUCAUCCAGACCACCAAAGAGGUGGAGCUCCUAAAGGUAGGCCUAUCAUCUAAUUACAGUCCAUGACAUACACAAAGAAGACUUGCGUUAGCUCCCAAGCUUAUGCCUACGCUAUAGCUCAGAGGGCUAACACAUGGACAUGUGUGUCUGUGUAACAGGAGAGUCUGCGUGAGUCCUGUGCCCAGGUGACCAUUCUACAACAGAGGGAGAUCGAGAGAGAGAUAGAACGAGAGACGGAAAGAGAGAGGGAUAGAGAUCGUUCGGCCCAUGCCUUGGCGGAGCUGGAGGAGAAAGUUCAGGGGCUUGUGGACCAGGGGCUGAUUCAAAUGGAGCGCUCGUCCUCGGGACACCUGGACCUCCAUGUGGUCCCUAUCAUCCUUCCUGUUUCCAUCCAUGCUGAAACAGGUGAGCUGCAAGCCACACACAUGGUCUCAAAAACCAUGUCAGAAAUAUUAAUUUAUUUUGGUUUAUGGAAUGAAAUUCAUCACCAAAAAUGUUACCUUUUUUCAUAUUUCCCUGCUUCCACAGAACAAAUCACGACUGUUGAUGGUCCUGUGGCCCCUCCCACAUCUGUAGUUCCGCCCCCACCCCCUGCUCCUCCAUUACCUGGUGCAACAGAGGUCACGGCACAAGCUCCUCCUCCCCCUCCUCCUCCACCUCCUCCUCCUCCUCCCCCUCCAUGCUCGACGGCACCACCUCCUCUGCCCCCCCCUCUUCCAGGGGGUGGUAUAGCCCCACCACCUCCAAGCGUUGGAAUGCCCCCACCAUUUGGGGGUAUGCCUGACGGACACACUGGUAAGCUAACAUGCGAUAGGUCAAGAUAGUUCUGUCAGUCGUGGUUCUAAUGACAAAACGUUCACUUCAUUGAUCCCCACUAACAGGGACUGGCCCUCAGAAAGGUACUUACAUAAUGAAAAGUUCUGCCAAAAGUAAUGUGUCCCUUUUCUGGACAGGUAACAGAAACAAGAAGUCCAUUCAGACUAAGUACCGUAUGCCUUCAUUCAACUGGCAGGCCCUCAAACCCAACCAGGUGGCUGGAACCAUCUUCAAUGAGCUGGAUGAUGAGAACGUGUUGGGGGUGAGACCACAGUACCCUGCUAGCUAUCUGCUCACAAUCUGUAUUCUUUUUCAUCUCAAUAUGUCCUCAUCUGUCUGUGGCUGCUGUUUCUGUUUCUGCUCAUUCCAGUCUUUCAAUCCCUCUUCCUCUCUGUCUCAGCCGCUCUCAAGUUUCUCUAUCUUCUGUAUUCCUGAAAUCCUUUGUAUUUCUCGCUCUCGCUCCCUCCGUCUGAUCUGUCUCCCGCCAUAUGACAAAAUAGCCUGCGGUAUCAACGGCCAGUCUUCCUGCUGUUUAACUGUAAAUCAUUCUCGCUGAGUUUGGCUAUUACCAAAAGCUCAUGCAUUAUUUAUCCACCUCUCCCCUCCAUGUCCUAGGAGUUGAACAUGGAUGCCUUUGAGGAGCAGUUUAAGACCAAGGCCCAGACAGCCCCGGCUGACGUGGGGACUCUGAGAGCGAAGGUGGCCCAGAAGGCCCCCAGCAAAGUGUCCCUACUGGAGCCCAACAGAGCCAAGAACCUGGCCAUCACCCUGCGCAAGGGAGGCAUGGCGACCUCAGACAUCUGCACAGCUAUAGAGACGUAUGUGUCUGUUAUCAACUUGUUAUAAGAAAAAUACUACAUGUCAUUUGUGCGUAAGACUAGAUAUUGUAAGACUACAUCUAGUUGAAUGCACUGACUGUGCCCCCUACAGGUAUAACCAGGAAGUUCUGAGCCUGGACUUCCUGGAGCUGCUGGAGCGUUUCAUCCCCUCAGAGUACGAAGUCAAGCUCAUCCAGAACUACGAGCGAGAUGGGAGGCCCCUGGACGAGCUCCCCGAGGAGGACCGCUUCAUGGUGUGCUUUGGCAAGAUCCCACGGCUGACCCAGCGCAUCAGAACACUAACCUUCAUGGGCAACUUCCCCGAAAGCAUCCAGCUCAUCCAGCCGGUCAGUAGAAAAUAUUUUAUAAUUUCAAUGUUAUUUCAAAAUGGUUUCAAUGUUAUUUCAACGUUUUUUUCAUGUAUAGUAGUUGGGUGCGAAAAGCUUCACCAUAAUACCAUAAUUCACCAUAAUACUGUAUGUUCCCAUCUCUCCAACAGCAACUCAACGCAAUCAUCGCUGCCUCAAUGUCAAUCAAGUCCUCUAGCAAGCUGAAGAAGAUCCUUGAGGUACUGUAGGAGACAGCUCUUUUGAUAUACUGCAUGGAUGGUUUGUGUUAAAUUGGUUAGAUGUGUAUGAUUACACAGCAUUGGUGUGUAACUUUGGAAUGCCUCUUCUGUCCCUAAGAUCAUCCUAGCCUUUGGAAACUACAUGAACAGCAGCAAUAGAGGAGCGGCCUAUGGGUUCCGCCUGCAGAGUCUCGACUUGGUGAGAAAGACUUCAAGCAGACAUACAGUAUUUAUCAACCAAAUCUUAGAGGCUCAUUUUGUGUUAUUUUUCCGACGACGAGGCACAUUGCUUUUGUACUCCAACCCUAGUCCAGAAAAUUCACUUGGGUUAGCAGAAUGUCGUUUUAGCACAGCAUCUAAUUGAUUAUCUACAGUAAUUAUUCAAAUGGAACUCCACAUCAGUGAGAGAUCCAGAGAUAACCGAUUCUGACAGGCCUUCUCUGAAUCGGCCACAGUGACUGAAUGACUAGAACACUAAGGUGGAGCAUGUCUCUCAACUCGAAUUAUUGCUGAAGAUAAUUAAUUACAGGCCCAGUUACCCAAAUCAUCAAUUAACUUCUAAAUUGAUUCCAUUGGAGACGAGUAACAACUGUAUCAUCCGGAUUGGACACCCUUUGUUCUUGAUCACAGUGUAUUUUCCUCUGACUACCACUGUCAUAAAGCAAAUACAGGUGUGGGAUCAGGCUAACCUUUUCACAUUGUAUCAUUUUCUCCAUUGGUUUCCUCUAAAAAUAUGGCUCUGGUUCAAUCUAGCUCUUAGACACUAAGUCCACAGACCGGAGACAGACUCUGCUGCACUUCAUAGUGAGCAUCAUCCAGGAGAAAUACCCUGAGCUCCAAGCCUUCCACAGCGAGCUGCACUUCAUGGACAAAGCUGCUGUGGUGUCCCUGGAUAGCAUUCUGCAGGACGUGCGUGCCCUGGAGAGGGCCAUGGAGGUGACCCGGAAGGAGUUUGCCAUACAGGAAGACAACCCUGUGCUGCAGGAGUUCCUCACCAGCAACAAUGACCUGCUGGACUCUGUAGUAGAAGAUGGCAAGACUGCCAAGGUCAAUUCUCCCUACUAAAUAUAUAUUGUACAAUGAAAAAUGGCUAAAUGUACAGCCUACUAAAUGGGGCUAACCUAGUAACGUUUUUAUGACACUAGAAUAAAUGAUUUUAGGAGAGCGUGAUAAUAUUUAUAUAAGUACUAUAUGAGUACUACUGCUACUGAAAGCAAUGAGGUACAGUAUAAUGAAGGUCUGAUAAUUUUUUCUCAUGUUAGGAUGUGUAUGAAUCAGUAGUGGAGUACUUUGGAGAGUACCCUAAAACCACACCUCCCUCCAUGUUCUUCCCCAUCUUCGUGAGGUUCAUCAAGGCCUAUAAGGUUAGUCACCACAUUGACUAAUUACAUUUAUUGAUUGAUUAAAUCUAUUCAAUCAUUCAUUCCUGUCAUAUAGCCGACUUUAAAAGCGUAAGUACGUUAAUGUAUCGACAUAGUAGACGGUGCUGGGCUCUUUGCUACACAUCAAAUAGUAACUGUUGUACUAAUGUGACAGUGUACCAUACAUACAUGUCAUUUUAUUCGUCCCGGCAGCAAGCAGAGCAGGAGAAUGAGCAGAGGAAAAAGCAGGAUGUGUUGUCCAGCGAAGGGAGGACAGGGCCACCGCCGACAUCAGCUAAGCCUGAAAUACCACAGAAGGUAGUCGUUGACACAUUAUCAACCAUGCAGGAGCAAUAAGAGAGUUGACCUACUCCGUUUACACUCAAAACAUGUAUAAUUUUGAUUUUGACCCCAACUCCUUUUGGCUGCCUUUUGACCCCAGCAGGUACCUAUGAUGCCCAAGCUGCCCCAGAUGGACCUGAUAGCGGAGCUGAAGAGGCGGCAGGUGACCCCCCUGGUCCGGGAGGGCAAGGAUGGAGCCAUCGAGGACAUCAUCACAGGUGGGCCUUGUAGGGUCAGGGGUUGGGGGUAAUAGAUCAAGGUCUCCAGUACAAUUUAUGUCUGCUGUGUAUGUCUAAUAUAAUGAAUAUGUAAUUCUGAAAUUAAACUAAAGCGGUAGCUGUGAUAUACUCUUGUAGAAAUGUACAGUAUUAUAAUGCAUGUUUUUCAACUAAAACAAUGUAGGCCAUUUUUCGCCAUGCUCCAUUUUCACAAAUACAUUAUAACUAACUAUCAUCAUGCAAUGUCCACUACCGGCUGCAUCAUCCUGUUGUUUCUGUCACGUCUACUCAUACCCUUUCAUCUUCUCCAUUCACUCCCUUUUUCACUCCUUUUUUCAUGUCAUUCCCACUCAUUCCCCUGGGCAUAUAUCUCUCCUCACCCUUGGUUAUAUCCCUCCUCACCCUUGGUUAUAUCUCGCCUCACCCUUGGUUAUAUCUCUCCUUCACCCUUGGUUAUAUCUCACCCUUGGUUAUAUCUCUCCUCACCCUUGGUUAUAUCUCUCCUCACCCUUGGUUAUAUCUCUCCUCACCUUUGGUUAUAUAUCUCCUUCACCCUUGGUUAUAUCUCUCCUUCACCCUCUCCUCUCUUUCUUUCCUUAUCUCUCUCUCUCUCUCUGGGGUUUUCAGCUCUAAAGGCUGUGCCCUUCACGGCUCGCUCUGGCAAGCGCUCCUCUCGCCUCUUCUGCGACUCCGGCUUCAGUGAUGAGAGCCCCACAUAAUCCCCUCAGAAGUGUUUAGGUCUGUCUUUCGCUCUCUCUGGAGGUGUCUAUGUCUCCUGUGCAGCACUGUGUUUCUCUGUCUGUGGAUAUAUCUGUUUCUUUCUGUCUCUUGGUGCAGUUGUCUGUCUGUCUGUCUGUCUGUCUGUGGUUGUGUGGAGGUGUCAGUACCAAAGCAUGUUUAGACCAGACCUGUUCCAAGUUGUGGUCUCACGGUGUUGUUGCUAUUCAUCAUCUCCCAUACUAGACCUGAGGAACCAGCCGUACAGACGGACAGACGGGUCCCGAGUCAGCGCCAAGUGGAAGCCCGGGCAAAAGCUCCUAGUCUCUUCCGAUAUUUCCCUGUGA